GAGCUCAGGUGCGCGGUCAGGUGGAGAAGCCCCGUCGCGUAGCUAGUCAGCUGUCCAAGAUGCUUAACUCACCUUGGACGGUCUGAAGAUGCUCUGCGGCCGCUCAUGGAGAAGGCGGAGCGGGGCUAUGGGGCUGGGAGUAGUUCUUUAAGCUAACCAAGCCAAGCAGGGUGCUCCGUGUCCGGUUUCGCAGAGGACAAUCUUCCUUUGUUGGGCAGUGAAGAAGAGAAAGAAGAUACAGAGAAGGGAGGGUGUUUGAAGUUGCCCAUCACCUGGAGAGUAGACAGAGCAGGCAUACAGGGUGAUAAAUGCUGGCAAGAGCCAACACAACGAGGAUCAAGCGUGCUGUGAGGCAGUGUAUGUGGAAAAGAGACGGGCUGUGAGGAAUAACCCAGCCCCCAAGGAAACCUCUGGAGAUCUAGAAGGGGGCACCAAAGGCCUGACUUUUUACUACUGGGGCUUGUUUGAUGGGCAUGCUGGAAGCGGAGCUGCAGUCAUGGCAUCCAAGCUGCUUCACUUCCAAAUCCGUGACCAACUCCGAGACUUGGUGGACAUCUUGCAAGACUCAUCCCUUCCUCCAAUCUGCCUCGAAGAUGGUUCCAGGACAGUUGUAGGAGAACCAAACAGGGUUCCUCUGGCUGAGGAAGAUGCUGAGGUCCCAAACAAUGCCCUGCCACGCUUCCAUAUGGAAAAGGCUGUUUCCCAUGAGAGUUUGGUGGUGGGAGCUAUUGAGAAUGCAUUCAAGCAGAUGGACAUUCAGAUUGAGCAGGAACGGGUGGCUCGGCAAGCAUCAGGAGGCUGCUGCGCCCUGGCUGCGGUUUAUCUCCUGGGGAAGUUCUACGUGGCCAACGCAGGUGACAGUAGGGCCAUUAUCAUCCGUAAUGGGGAAAUCAUUCCAAUGUCCAGGGAGUUUACUCCAGAGACAGAGAGGCAAAGGCUGCAGUUUUUAGGCUUUUUGAGACCUGAGCUGCUGGGGAAUGAGUUCACUCACCUCGAGUUCCCUCGAAGAAUUCAGCAUAAGGAAGUGGGGAAAAAGAUGCUGUACAGGGACCAAAACAUGAAUGGCUGGGCAUAUAAAAGGAUAGAAGAAGAUGACCUGAAGUUUCCACUUGUUUACGGAGAGGGUAAAAAGGCUCGAAUGAUGGCGACUAUUGGGGUGACGCGGGGUUUGGGUGAUCAUGAUCUCAAGGUGUACAGCUCCAACAUCCACAUCAAACCUUUCCUGUCUUGCACCCCAGAGGUUCGCGUUUAUGACCUCACACAGUAUGAGCACUGCCCUGACGAUGUGCUGGUGCUGGGCACAGAUGGCCUCUGGGAUGUCACCAAUGACCGAGAGGUUGCCAAUGUGGUAUUUGAUGUCUUAAUGGGCUAUGAGCCCAAUGACCCUUGCAGGUACACAAUGGUGGCCCAGGAGUUGGUGGUGAGGUCCAGAGGGGUUCUGAAGGAACGUGGCUGGAGGCUGGCCAAUGACAAGCUGGGCUCUGGAGAUGAUAUCUCUGUCUUUGUUAUUCCCCUCGGUGGUCCAGGAAACUACACCUGAACCUCAGGUCCCAGGGACACAGGGUUCGUGAUUCUAGACUUUAAAGAGAAGAAGAAAAGCCAAGGGAAAGAACCACCAUCUUGCAGCAGGACAGGAGGCUGUAGAUUCUCCCUACACCUGGAACAUUCAUGAUGCUGGAGUCUUCUGAAGAGGAUUGUGGGACCUUGGGUUCUUGUCCCACUCGUGUCUCAGCUUGCUGGGUUCCAGCUAGGGACACAAAGACGUAGCCCUGGUCCACACUUCUGUUAACGGCAAGAAAGUCAAGGCAGAGCCGUUCCUCUCAGGAUUUACACCCAUCGGCCCUGGAGACCUGUAGAAAAUAUCGCAUUCCAAGGGCUGUGUUAAAUUUGGGCUUUUGGUCACAUGGAGAUGUCCUCUAAAUUGGGUAGCAGCACUGGAGUCUCCCCACAGUGUUUAGCCAUUUUGUGCGUUCUUCUUUCCGUCUGCCCCGUGGUUGCAAAGGGGCAGCUGAAUUUUGCUUUGUCAGAUGCCAAGGACACCUCACCAUCAUGACAAUUAUGCCUAAUUGCCUAGAACAUAUUUCCCUUCCCUUCCAUCCUUGAUGCUUAUUGCUAAAGGGAGCACCAAGGAAAUGCGGCUGAUUGGUUGUUUACCAUUCCUCCGGCUUGCCAUAAGGCGGCCCCUGAACCCUUCACUCCAAACCACUUGCUGCGUAGUAAGGAGGGGAUGCAUCCGUAGGGAUUUCUUACACUAAUCCUGGAUGUUGCUGUAACUUGGCCAAGUUGGUUGGUUCUUCAUGAAUGCAUCUCCAAAUGGCAAUGAAGGAAAGGUGCAAAAAAUAUUCCUUUCGUAGAAAAUAUCCCUGGAGAAAAUCAGCUGUGCCACACUUUCACCAGAUGGGGGUGCACUUAGAAGAACAGACAGAAAAAAAUGACCGUGAUGAGACAUCUCUAGUUGGUUUAAACUACUGACCCUUAAAUAAUAAGAUACAGAAAUCCAGUGCAGCGUAGGAAGUUAUCCCAUCCCAGACUUACGCCCCGGAAAGAUCACUUUGGUGCUGGAAACGCAGCAGAAACAUAGAAGACAGCUAUUUCUACAGAGGGAAGAACUGUACUUCUGGUCUAUUCACCUUCCAUGAAAAGUAAUGUACUUCUUCUGGAAUUGAAGCUCUGCCUCUGAAGCCCAAAGCAUUGAGUUCUUUGUUCAGUGAAUAAGAAGCCUUCAAAAUUUGUGACAGGGAAGAAAUGGAUUCAUUUUUUUUCAUGGAACUGUCGUUUUCUACUAGCUGUGCUGUGCAAAAGCAAGACCAUCCCUGGCUGGGGGAACUUGCACCUUAAAUUUGCCCUUGUACUCUUAUCUAGCUGCGAGUUAACUGAGUUUUAAGAAGAAAUUAAUUCCAGGCUUCACAAAAACGCCUGCCACCUCUUAAGCGCAGGCAAUAUACAGUGGGACUUAUUUCUGAGCAGACACGUGUAGGAUCAUUGUGUUGUGCUGCAGCCCUAUGCACAAUUACUUAGAAGUAAGCCCCUUGGAACUCAGCGAGACUUCUGAGUAAAUGUGCUGUUACACAGUUCUUUUAUGUAAAGGCAGAUCCUGGAAGGUUGGAUCUCUUUGUAGAGUAUGGCAUUAGUACCUGAGAAAAGAUUAAAGAACCAACUGAAAAACUGCAACUAUUAAGUUGCCAUCGCUAAGUAAAA